UAAUUCUAGAAAAUAACAAAUACACACGAAAGCGUAUAUCAGAGUUUUCUGUUUAAUUCUGAGCGAAAAAUAUAUUAUUUUGUACAAUGACUACUCCUCCUGACUCACAAGAUAAUUUUGACCAGUUUGACGAAGAAGAAACUGAACAACAGCUUGGGGCAACAGCAUCUGGGCGCAAACGGUUAUUUAGCAAAGAACUAAGAUGCAUGAUGUACGGCUUUGGUGAUGACCAGAAUCCUUACACUGAAAGUGUUGACUUUUUAGAAGAUUUGGUCAUAGAAUUUAUAACAGAAACCACGCAUAGGGCAAUGGAAGUGGGUCGUACAGGUAGAGUACAGGUAGAAGAUAUAAUUUUCUUAGUUCGCAAAGACCAGCGCAAAUAUGCCCGUGUCAAAGAUUUACUAACUAUGAAUGAAGAGCUGAAGAAAGCAAGAAAGGCUUUUGAUGAAGUUAAAUAUGUUGAAGAUCAACAAUAACAUAGAUGGUCAGACAAGGC